GAAGAGUGGGAGGAGGAAGAGGAAGAAGAGGGUGAAGAUGAAGAAGAGGAAGAAGAGGAAGUUGGUGAUUUGUUGAAUUCUGUAGUAGAAGAAGCUACCUGGGAUACUCCUCAUCUUGGAAUGAGUCCUAACUCCUGCCACGGUAGUGAGGGAACUCCCUCAACACCAGGAGUGCUGGAACAACACCACCAGGAGAAACAGAAGAAACAGGGGAGCAAACGGAAGAAGGGUCCAGAACAAAAGCAGCCGAAGAAAGAAGAGAAACCAAAGAAGGAAAAGAAACCGAAGCAGAAGAAAGCUAAGGUGACCCAUCGCUGCUUUAAAUGUGGAGAGGGAUUCUCCCGUAUCUACGACAUGCUCUUACACCAGACCAUUCAUAGAUGGAACGGCCAUGUUGAAAACCAAGAAGGUUCACCGCUGCUUAACGUGUGGAUACGAAGCAUCCGAUGCACAUAA